GGCCUCGCCGCCUAGCCACAGAACACCUAGGCUUAGCCACUAUACUUUUGACUAUCUGGACAACACAGCAGAUCAUCCCCGAAUUGCGAGGUCGCUGCGAAGGUCGUGCUCUGUGGAUCGACAAAAUGAGCGCUAACAAGGUGUUCAAGAACACCAGCACCUGGGCUCGUUUCAUGUUCAGUACGAGCAAGUACUACCAGUAUGGCCUGCUCAAGAACGACAUGUACCGCGAUGAACCGGUGACGCUGGAAGCAGUGCGGCGGCUUCCCAAGAAGUUGCAGGACGACCGAAACUACCGCAUCCUGCGAGCCAUCCAGUGCAACAUCGCCCACACCAUCCUUCCGGAGAGCCAGUGGACAAAGUUCGAGGACGACGUGCCCUACCUCGAGCCGUACAUCGCCGAGGUCGAGAAAGAGGAGGCCGAAAAGAAGGAGUGGUACAGAACCCACUGACUGAAUCAAUGGCGCCGUCGUCGUUCAGCUGUGUAGAAGGUACUAAAUAAACGUGUCGAGAGCAGUA